GCCCCGGGACUCCUUCCUGUCUCUGCUUCCCCUGCUCAGUGGUCUCCGAGGACAGAGCUGAGCAGGCCCGACUCCAGCCCCCACGACCUCUGCCCCUGGGCCACCUGGCUCUGGGUCCCCACGAACUCGCCACCCCCUUUGGGUGACGAGGAGCAGAGUGAAGUCCCGGGACCAGAGCCACACCUGGCAAGGUGCGGGGUGGGGGGCUCGCCCCAUCCAGGAGAGGCCAUUGUCUCCCUCACACAGACAGGAAUCUAGAACCCACCCUCCCAGAGCCGCAUUCCAGAGCUCAGGGGCCGGGACCCGGCCCAACGCCCCAGCCCCCCUCGGGAGAGGAGAGGGGCAGAGGCCCUCCGGGCACGCUGCUUUCUGGGGAACUCCAGCACCAAGGACGAUGCAACGGGACCACCUCUGAGGAGGCGUGGUCCAGAGGCUGCUCCAAGUGCUGCACCCGGACCCAAGAGGCAAGGGGCCCUCGGGGCCCACCACCCCCGCCCCACCCCAGAGCGCAGCCUCAGCCCGGCUGCCCGCUGCUCUUGCCCCGCCAUGCCCAGCAGCCUCCGAGUGGGAGGAACUACCCAGACCCCCAGAGCCAGCGAGGUGCAGCCAUGAGGCCCCAGAGACACGGCUGGUCUGGGCUUGUGCAGCGGUGUCUGAGGCCGCUGCCCUGGGUGCUGGCGAGGGCAGAGCAAACCCACGACUCCAAACAGGAGUUUCCACAGGCCUUAGGUCUGGGCCAGCUUGCGACCCCGCUGAGGAGUGGGUGGGGGUACAGGCGGGGGCGGGGGGAGGGGUGGGCCCUCCAGCCCUGGCUCACCCCCCUGUCCACACACACAGCUGCCAUGGUGGAGGACGUAUGGGUGGGAAGCUGGAGGCCCCAUCGCCCCCGGGGGCCCAUCAUGGCCCUCUACAGCAGCCCCGGGCCCAAGUACAUGAUUCCACCUACCACAGCUUCCGCGGGGCCCCCAUGCUCCUGUCGGAGAACUGCUCCCCAGGGCCGCGCUACAGCGUGAACCCCAAGAUACUGAGGACCGGCAAGGACUACGGCCCCGCCUUCUCCAUCCUGGGGCGCUACCACACCAAGACCAUGCUGACCCCUGGCCCGGGCGACUACUUUCCGGAGAGAUCUACCAAGCACGUGUUCGACUCAGCGCCCAGCCACUCCAUUUCCGCCCGGACCAGGACCUUCCGCGUGGACAGCACCCCAGGCCCCGCCGCGUACAUGCUGCCUGCCGUGAUGGGGCCGCACUCGGUGGGCAAGGCCUCCCAGCCCUCCUUCUCCAUCAAGGGCCGCAGCAAGCUGGGCGGCUUCAGCGACGACCUGCACAAGACCCCAGGCCCCGCAGCCUACCACCAGACGGAUGUGCAGGUGACCAAGCUGAAGGCUCCGCAGUACACCAUCGCUGCCCGCGUGGAGCCCCCGGGGGACAAGACCCUCAAGCCAGGGCCAGGGGCCCACAGCCCUGAGAAGGUGACCCUGACCAAGCCCUGCGCCCCCAUCAUCACCUUCGGCAUCAAGCACUCUGACUACAUGACGCCCCUGCUGGUGCAGACGGACUAGCCCCGCCCCGCGGCCCCCCAGCCGCGGGCCUGGGCUGUGGGGGCCGACCCUGCCCCGCUGAGCGGUGGCCACCUGGCCCUGCAGGGCCCAGCACGCUCGUCUGGAGACUUGCAACAUUUUUUCUAUGCUACUUUUCUGUUUGCUAAUUUCCUUCCCUGCUGUGCCCACAUAUUUAAUAAAUCAC